CAUUGUCACAUUUAAUCGGGGUCACGCUCUUUUUGACUUGCGGCGGCCUUACACUGCGGCAGCUAAGUAUGACUCAAGGAGCUCUGGAGGUCUUAUAAAGACUCGGUUGUUCCAAUCGACCUUCAGGAUAACUAAUUACACCGAUACCCAACAAAUUUCGCAGAAUGACCGUCGCUUCAGGACUUCCUCAACUCCUUGUCGUAGGUCUGGGCAACCUUCCAUUUCCUCAGACCCGCCACAGCAUCGGGCAUCUCAUAAUUGACGCCUUAGCUGCAAGACUGCACAUGCAUAUGUCCACCGACAGGACGAUGGGCGGCAUCACUGGACGUUCGAGGGUUAUGCUUGGAGAGACUGUCGUAUCCCUGACACUUCUGAAACCAAAGCCCCUCAUGAACAUUACCGGCCCAUCGGUAGCAGCAGCUCUCCGCAGCUCUGUUAAAGCCCCAGAUGCAAUGGUCAUUAUCCACGAUUCCCUAUCUCAUAAACCGAAGGCUUUGUCUCCAAAGAUUGGUGGUUCUGCCAAUGGACACAAUGGAGUUCGUAGCGUCAUAUCUGCACUCGGAGGUGAAACCCAGUUUCAUCGAUUCCGCAUUGGCAUUGGUAGAGGCCCCGGUGAUGCAGCGGAGUAUGUUCUAGCAAAGCUUCCGCAGGAAGAAAAACUCUACUGGAAUGGCGAUGGCAUAGGUCUCGACCUUAUUUGCAACGAACUGGAACGCAUCGCUCGCAAACAGCUUGAGAGCCAAGGCUUACCGUGACCUUCGUGGGUUCUCAUUUCCACGUUCUGUAAAGUCAUUGAUAGGUUUCGUGUAGUAUACCCGACGCCGCGCGGUAACCACGUCUCGAUCCUGAGCUGCGACCCGUUCAUCUUGGUUCAUCUUCACCCGCGCCGACAGCCUAGACGCGGCUUUGCAGAGUGAUCCCCGUACUUUUCAUCUUCAUACGUAUACAUCACGCAUUCUGCCUGACGUGGCCAUGACGAUGGAUCCCGUGCCCUCGGAGCCACGUCAUGGGUUACUGAAGUAACUGAACACUAAACAAUCUGCAUGCAAUCCAUUUGGUUCUUCCAGAUGACGUGAGGUUGUGCCACUAUCCGCGAAUAUUCGGGUCAUUACAAGAUGAAUGAAUGCAUAAAUUUUCUGGAAG